GGAAGCUCGAGGACUUAAACUUUUUAAAAAUUGUUUUUAAAGGUGCUACCAAGUUACCCUCUCAGGUACACACUAUACAAGGCCCUACAAACCGCCAAAACCGCUUCCUCCUCCCGAAAAAAGGCUCAAAACCACCCUUCACUGCAUGAGCUUUCCAGAGAAUGAGUCAAGCCUACCACUUCAUUCAACUUAUUUUGGUCACAACCCCCUCAAUAACGGCCAUCUCAAGUGGACCCUGAACAUCACACAAAACCACAAAUCAGGGCUAUGCAAGGAUUUUCCGGUCAACUUUUACGUUCAUACCCCCCAAGAACAGAGCAAAGUUGCCAAGGCCACCCAUUAUUCAAAGGCAUACAUCGUGAAAUUUCGAUGCCUACCAAACGUAACUUUCUGGUCGACUUUCCACGUUCACAUCCCCAAGAACAAAAUCCAUUUCAGAAGCGAUAUACGUAGCCAACUAUCCCAAAAUGUCUCUAAUCAUCAAUCAUUACACAAACAUUCAAAAUUCUACUUCAGAACUUGUGUAUGUGGCAAUCAACCAAAAAAUGACUCUACAAUGACCCCAUACAAGAGUCCCAACAUUCGGCCAAAUCAUGCACGUACAAUCAAACAAAACACUCAAAUACACCAAACAAAAGUUCUAUUCAGAAACCGUUAAGCGUAGUCAGUUCCACCAAAACCGUCCCUGCAAUUACCUUAAAAACGACUAAACAGCCCACUAAAUACGCAAAUGUAAACGGUCAAAGAUGUAUUUCAUUACAUCAAGUAUAUGGAUUUGCUGAUUAUAUAUCGCAAUCAUCAUACAAGGCUUGGCUCUUUUC